UUCUUUUUUCAAAUAGAAGACAUGGAGGACGCAAACUGUACAAACCCUGAAUCCAAAGAAGCGUUCAGUAAAGACACCUUACUCCAUACAGCUAUAAAAGAGUCACGCUAUGAUUUACUGCAGAUUUGGUUUAAUGUGGGUCCUCCUUCAGUUGUUAAUGCUCAGAACAGAUGGGGUCAGACACCACUUCACUACGCAGCCGUGAAGAAAACUAUUCUUGAAAAUCUGCUAGCGGUACCAAACAGUGAUCCCCGAAUUCAGGAUAUAAACGGUUACAACGUUCUGCAUUUCUACAUCUAUAACAUUUUUAUGCCUGAAGACUGGAAAAGAAUGAUCCAAAAUUUGCUCAGAUUUGGCAUUGAUAUAAACCAGAAGACUAAAUGUGGCAACACGGUUCUGCAUCUGGCAUGCAGGUACGGCACUUCACCGAGUGUCCUCAGAUAUUUGUUGGAGACUUUUCCUCAAGCUGAUAAAUUGAUAGUCAACGAUGACGGUGAAAACUUUCUGCACACAUUAAUGCAAAGUAUCAACUGUGGGACCGCCACAUCGGAUGACUUAAAAGAGAAAUUUGCUCUACUUGAUGAUAUUGUAAGCAAAAAGAUUUCACUCAUUUCCUCGAAUGUCUUGAAAACAUUAUUGCAACAACAAGACAUAAAUGGUGCUACACCAUUUCUUCUUCUUCUCGGCCAUUUUGUAAAAUACCGAAAAGUAAACGCUAUAGAUGUAUUAAAGAAAAUGUCCAGUGUGUCAGGCUGUUCAACAACACCAGAUAAUUUAGGCAAUUAUCCGAUUCAUAUUGCUUAUGCCUGUUCACAAAAAGCUACCCCUGUUGAUCUUUUGAAAACGCUUGUGAAAUUAGGCAACAGUGCAGAUUCCAAAAAUAUUUUUCAGCAAUCGGUUGCACAUUUAAUGCGGACCUACGGGGAAAGUAUUACGUCAUCAGAUGAAACAAUUAAAUCUCUGCGCAAUCUAGGAAAAGCUGCUAAAGUUGACUUCAACUGCCGAGAUAGAUGGUUGUCCACUCCAUUGAUGUACAUUAGUGCUUGGUGUGACUUCGACUGCUUUUAUACUUUAAACGAACUUUCAGAUAAAUUUUCAGACAUUGACGCGAGGGAUGAAAAUGGUGCAACUGCUCUGCAUUACGCAGCGUAUCAUGAUGCGGCAGAAUUCGCCCAAUGGCUUAUUGGAAAAGGUGCAAAAACAGAUAUCAAAGACAAGAUGGAAGACGCGCCCAUAGACACAGCAAGGAGACAUUUUAGAUCUAGAACAGAAGAAAUGAUUUUGAAAAGCACAGGAUCCAAAAAGGUGUAUGAUAUCAAUCAAGAAUUUCUCCUUAAACUGGAGGGAAUUCGAAACAAGAAACCCCUUCAAUGGAAUGAAUCAGAUGAAUUUUUUGAUCAGCUCCUUCAGCAUAUGUACAGACAGGUUUCAGAUGAAGAUAAAUCAAUCAUUUCUGCAAUUCGAUACUUUGUUGAGAAGCUUUGCAGUAAGGUUGAAGAAUAUGAUCCACGAUUUCGAAUGUCAGUGCUGCAAUCGGGCAGUUCGUCCGAGGGAACGAAAGCAGGUCCUCCAGAUGAAUUUGAUUUCCUCCUUUGUUUAGAUGCCUUUAGUGAAAUCACCGAGAUUCUAAAGACGACAAGCGGAGAAAAGUAUCGAAAUAUCUUCCUAAAACUUAAGGAUCCAGAAAAUUGCAAUUUCCUAGAGUAUUUUGACGGAAAUGGUACAUUUACAACUCCAACUGCUUUCAUGCAUUUAAACAGGUAUUUUCGGCGGGCUGUUUAUGACCCACAUAUGUGGCAGGACGAGAAACUUCGAAAUUUAUGUUAUGUUUUUGAACAGCCUUUCCUUAAGAAUCACAUGAAUACGACGGUAUUUAUGAUACAUUUGACAUGGAUGGGAUGUCAACAUAAACACAUGCAAAUUAAAAUUGAUAUGGUUCCUGUCAUCAGAAAGCCUGCUUGGUGGCCGAUGGAUCCAUACUCCCUACCACUGAUGUCACCGGAGAUCCACGAUGCUGGAUGUCUCCUGAUGCUUGAUACCAAGGAUGAGCUCAAGACAGAUUUUAGUGCAUUCACCUCAGACUACUCACAAGAAUUCACCAUGGACAGCAUAAACCGCAUCGAACCCAUUUCAACCAGUCUACUGGUAUCUACUGCUCCAGCUGAAAUCCGUCUGAUGCAGUCACUUCCAAAAACAAUUCGAGAAAGCUAUGUUGCCGCUAAACUGUUUGCUAACGUUUGCAGCGAAGAUGAUUUUACCAGUUACAUGUUAAAAAAUUGUAUAUUUUAUGUCCUGAAGGACCUAGGAUGGGACCCAAACAAACCAGAGGGAUUUGACACAAAUUCGACCGUACGAGAGCUGACAAUGUUGAUCUUUAAGAAAUUCUUGACAUUUAAUAAGGAAGGCUGUUUACCAAGAUUCUUCCUUCCUGAAAUCGACAUAUUUCUGGAAGAUGAUGAUCGCCUUGACCAAAAAUCCAGAAGAGAAGCAGCCUAUAGGUUGUUGAUAAUGAUGGGAGAUCUAGAUGUGUCUCUUGAUAAAUUGGCCUAUGAGAGUGACAGCAACGACGAUACUGAGGACAGCGAAAGUGACGUCAGUGAUAGUGAUAGUGUUUAGAAUACCCAUUCGUCAAUUUUCCCCUUCAACACGGUACACCUAUAUAACAACAAUAUAAUCAUUCAUUCAUGAAAAUGAGGUCCAAAAAGAAAGUUUGGGGGGAUAUGAUAUUGCAAGAAGUAUGAUAAAAAUAUUUAAGAAAAACAUUUCCCGUUUUAUGUUGAGUUUAUCAUUCACUCAUGGGAGAAAACGGUUCAAAAACAACAAAUCAAAGUAUUGAUGUAUAAAAUCAUGGUUGCAAACUCCUCAGUGCGUAUACGAAUGUUCGA